UAUACUGUGACGGGCAGUCUCUCUCCUCCCCCUAUACUGUGACUGACAGUCUCUCUCCUCCCCCUAUACAGUGACUGGCAGUCUCUCUCCUCCCCACACUGUGACUGGCAGUCUCUCUCCUCCCCCUACAAUGUGACUGGCAGUCUCUCUCCUCCCCCUACAAUGUGACUGGCAGUCUCUCUUCUCCCCUAUACUGUGACGGGCAGUCUCUCUCCUCCCAGCACGGGCUCUGUACCAUCUCCAGCCCCUCCUCCCUGAACUCUGACUGGGAGACACAGGAAGAAGAGACAGGGAAGAUAUACAUGGCGACCAGAGACAGCCCACAUCCUGCUGUACCAGAGACAGAGAGCCGGGAAUAGGGGGAGAGACAGACAUUAGACAGCGGGCAGUGCCGGCUGUGAGACACCAGGCGGUUGCCAUGGCGAUGCGUGGACUGGUGGACACGGAGUGUGGGGGGGCCAACCCACUCAUGAAACUCACCGGCCACUUCACCCAGGAUAAGGGUCUGCGACAGGAAGGCUUGCCCCAUGUGGCCUGGCCCCCAGGGGCCCCUGCUAUCUCAAAGCCACUUGGAGAAGCUACAGAAGAUGAGCUUGUAUCAGAGUUCUUGCACUCCCGUGCGCCUUCCCUGCACACCCGUGCUCCGCACACGUUCAAGAUGGAUGGUCUUCUGGCAGAGAUGCAGCAGAUUGAACAGAGCAGUUUCCGCCCGCAGCCCUUACGAGCUCCAGGUGUGGCAGAUCUGGCUCUGUCUGAGAACUGGACUGAUGAGUUUCUUGGACAAGAACCGGAUCAUGUAGAAGAGGAGGACUGGACUCGAGAGUUCACUGACCAGGCAGAUCCCCUCUCUUCACCGUCUCGCUGGGCUGAGGAGUACCUGCAGCAGUCUGAGGAGAAGCUGUGGCUGGGGGAGGUGGAGGGGACGAUGGCGGAGAAGUGGAGUGAGGAGUACCAGGCAGAUGACGACUUGCAGAGAGAGGCUAAAUCUCUUCUAUCCCAAGUAACGGACCCCAAACUAGCCAACAGCCAGUUCUUACAGUUUGUGAGGAAGAUAGGAGACGGGGAGGUCUCUCUCUCGCAGACUCCAAGAACUCCCUCCCAGACGGUCUCGCAGGCAGAGCAGUGGUCAGAGCAGUUUAUACAAGAGCAGGCAUUGUCUGAGCAGUGGGUCGAUCAGUUCAACCCGAUGGAGAAAGACUUUGAAACUGCAAAAGCAGGGGUAGAGGCAGAUGUAGAUUUCUGGGACAAGCUGCAGGAAGAGUGGGAGGAGAUGGCCAAGAGGGAUGCCGAAGCACAUCCAUGGCUGUCUGAUUUCCAGGACCUGUCUGCCAAAUCCUAUGACAAGGGUUACGUGUUUGAGAGUGACAAUCCCUUCUCAGAAGAGGCGCAACCGUUCCAGGAGGGUCUGAAACGCCUUCAGGAGGGUGAUCUCCCUAGCGCGGUGAGACUGUUUGAGACAGCAGUGCAGAGAGACCCCCAGCACAUGGAGGCCUGGCAGUAUCUGGGCACUACUCAGGCAGAAAAUGAGCAGGAACUGGCAGCCAUCAGCGCUCUUCGGAGAUGCCUUGAGCUAAAGCCGGACAACCUGAGUGCUUUGAUGGCUCUGGCGGUUAGCUUCACCAACGAAUGCCUCCAACAGCAGGCGUGUGAAACGCUCCGGGAGUGGCUCAGGCACAGCCCCAAAUACAGUCACCUAGUGAAGGAAGAGAUUGGCGGUGGGGAAGCUGCCAGGAAACGAUCGCUGGGGACUUUGCUGUCAGACUCUCUGUUUUCAGAUGUGCGGGAGUUGUUCCUCACUGCUGUCCGCCUGGACCCGUCUCAGGUGGAUCCCGAUGUUCAGUGUGGUCUUGGUGUCCUCUUCAAUCUGAGUGGGGAGUAUCAGAAAGCUGUGGACUGCUUCACCGCCGCCCUGAGUCAGAGACCAGACGAUUACUUGCUGUGGAAUAAGCUGGGAGCCACUCUCGCCAACGGCAAUGAUAGUGAAGCUGCGGUGGAAGCUUACAGACGGGCGCUGCAGUUACAACCAGGGUUUAUUCGCUCCCGCUAUAAUCUGGGCAUCGCCUGCAUCAAUCUGGGGGCGCACAGGGAGGCAGUGGAACACUUUCUAGAGGCUCUCAGCAUGCAGCAGCAGAGUGGCGGCCCUGGUGGAGCCAUGUCGGACAACAUCUGGAGCACCCUGCGGAUGGCGCUCUCCAUGCUGGGACAGAGUAACCUGUAUGCGGCGGCAGACGCCCGUGAUCUCGCCGUUCUACAGGCAGCAUUUCCACCUAGCGCCACCCCGACGCAAUGACUACCGUCUGACCCGUUGCUGUGCGAGUGCAUGCUGGGGGACCUUCCGCGGUGUACCGGGAAAGCAGCGUCGCAGCAGUCUACCGGGUGUCCUCAGACAGAACUGUAUACAAGCCCAUAAUGUAUUGUCCCUGGCCGGAUACAUUGGCAAUUCCCCCGCAUUGGACUCGAACUUUCACUCCAUUGGCUGGUACAGGGAUGAAGUAACAAUCUAGACAUGUUUCUAAUAUGUUCAUUAAUCUUAUUUAAUUACUUUGUGGUAAGGGAGUCAGAUCCUGUGUUGCUAUAAGUGAUGUCACUGCAGAGAUCACCGUCGCCCCCUAUGGACUUGUCCAUCGUCAUUACGCUGCUCUACUUCUCUGAUGAAGGUGGGGUGUAACGAGCAUUGCCAUAUCAUCCAGUGUGCAUCGCUCUCACUCACUAUUACCCAACAGCAGUGUACUAUAUCCAGACAAUAGCCACGUUCCCUCCUCUAUCUGGCUAUUGGAACUGGAAGCUAUACGGUCUCAUCUCUAGUGGGUAUGGGUCGACACAACUUAGGUCGACCACUAUUGGUCGACAUGCAUUAGGUUGAGAGGGUCACUAGGUCGACGUGGUUAUUAGGUUGUUUUCUUAGUAAAGUGAUGGGGAACCCCAAUUAGUGCACCGUUGGCGCUCGCCAUGGUUCGGUCAAGGUUACCGUUCCCAAAUUCUAGUCCACGUGGAUCGUAAAGUAUGAAACAGUCCAAAAAAAAGGAGAAAAACUCAUGUCGACCUUUUGACCUGUCGACUUAAUGACGAUGUUGACCUAGUGGCCCUGUCUACCUAAUGACUGUAUCCCUCUCUAGUACAGGUAGUGUUAAGAUGUCUUGGUCUUAGAACAUAAUUAUUUAUAAUGGUAGUAAAGCAUAUCUAUAGUGCAGGCUGUGCUCGUUAGCUGAACCAAUAAUCACUAGAACGCAGGCACUGAGUCAUUAGCUACAGCACAUGUAAUUGGUUUCCGGCUAAAUGACGGAAGCAGCCUGGUGAAUGGCUCCGUGUAGACAGCGGCUGCCUGCAUUGUGUAUCCAGCAGACUCUGCUAUCUAGCUUAUAGCCUGUGUGCGAUAGUCACUAUUAUGCAGAAGUCUAUAUUAUGAGAACGGUGGAAUGUGUCUCGUUCUCUCUCAGCUCAACUAAGUUAGUGGAACCAGUUCCCCAUUACAUGGGUCUCCAACCAGCAGGAGUCCAGUAUUUGUUGUUAAUCUAAUUGGCCCUACAAAUAUAAAGAUCCGCCGCCGAGCCGCCCGACGGCGGAUACGGCCGACGGGGGACCCGGCGGCAGGGGGGGGAGUGACAUUUCUUCACUCCCCCCGUCACCCGGCUCCAUUGAAGUGCAGGCAAAUAAGGACGAGAUCGUCCAUAUUGGCCUGCAUGCACAGCCGACGGGGGACCAGCGAUGAACGAGCGCGGGGCUGCACAUCGUUCAUCGCUGGAGCCUCCACACUCAAAGAUAUGAACGGUAUCUCGUUCAAUAAUGAACAAGAUCGUUCAUAUCUUUGAGGAAUAUCGGCCAGUGUGCAGGGCCUGUAAGUGUAGCCAACACCCAGACUGUAUUCAGGUACAGGGUAUAGUAUUAUUAGCUGGAUUUCCCUUCCCCCAUAUAGUACAGCGAGAGAGAGAAUACACCACACAAUAGAAUAACACAGGGGACGUAUGGUAAACUUCUCCCUGUCAUAUUGCUUAGAGAACACGGCUAACAGAUAAACGCUCAGUUAGUACUGAAAAUGUGAAGCCUCAGAUGGGUGUAGGGGUAGGAGUAACAAAUGCUCAAGUAGACCAGUCUUAUGGACAGUGGACAUCACAGGCAAGGGUACAUGUGGGAAUAAAGAUAACUGCCUGGCAGCUGAUGUUCCCUGGAAAGCAGAAGCCACAGGUAGAGGUGGGAGUAACGGAUAAAUGCUCAGCAGGUAAUGUCUCCUGAAAGGCAGAAGUCACAGGUAGGGGUACAGGUGGGAGUAAUGGGUAAAUACCCUUCUGAGCUCAGCUACUGGGGAUAGACAAACAGAAAUAUUGGAGGAGGCCACAUACAGAUAUUCGCAAAUUACUGACGGUACCUGUGCAGGUUUUGCUGCAUAAAAUGCGAUGUAAUAUCUGAAGUUCUUUGUUUCAUAAAGAAUGUUCUGCACGGUGAGCAGGAAGCUCUGCAGCUAUAGCGCUCUGUUACACAAUCAUGUAUAUUACUCCAAUGUACAAUCUUUGUAAUAAUAAAAACAUAAUCUUAAGUGAAA